AUGAAGAAAGCUUCAGUGAUUGCAAAAAAGAAUAGGAGCGUAGAUAUCAGCCGACUAUUUCCUUAUAUCUAUUAUAUUAUGAGAUGCUCCGGGUUUCUUCCUUUAAAAUCAAGAUAUACUUUGAAAGACAGUCCUCUAUCAUCAUCUUUAAUAUUUGUUUCAAUGUUUUUUAUUCUAGUUGACAUCAUGUGUAUAAUUGAGAGUUCGGCUGAAAUUUUAGAGCGACUUCAAGAGCCUAAUAUAUCCCUUUUACUUAUUUAUGAAGGUGUUCGUGCAGGGUUUUUACUUCAAGGUUUUACAAAUCACGUUUUAAUGAUCAUAAUGAUUAGAAAAAUGGCAACUAUCUUGCACGCAGUGUUUAUGUUUUCUAAAAAUUUCGUUAUCACAGCCAGUUCUUCAAAAUACUUAGCUGUAAGUUUUGGCAUAUUAGCUUUAGCAUUCUCUUUCACUGGUUUAAUGAGUGUUACAAAAUGCAAGAUGACUAAUCAAACAAUGCCUGUUGACGAGGAAGAAGAUUGUUAUUUGCAAAGCUCUUUAAUCAUACCUAAGUUGCGUACUGAUAAUAUUGUGAUAUAUUUUCUUCUUUUAACUUUCCGGCUUUUCCCGGUACUUCACACCUUUAUUAUUUCGAUUCUCGUUGAUUUAUGGAUUCUCUGCAUAUCAAAAGCAAUGCGAGAUGCUGUUCGAAAGUCUAAAGUAGAAUUUGUUUUAUUGAAAAACAAAAGUUCUUUUGAUUUUGAAGAAAAAUUUUGGGUAUGGAACGAAUAUUACGAAAAUUUGCAUUCUACCGCUCAGCAUAUUGCAAGAAUAUUUUCUUUAUUAUUAUGCGUCAGCGUAAUCUGCAAUCCUGCUUUAUUUUGCGUAGGGCUUUAUUGGACAAUACUGCAGUUAAGAGAAAACGAUUCAAUUGCAGUAUUACUUCCUGCAUUUAUUGUGAUACUGCAACUUACAAAACUCACGAUGUUGGCAACAGAAGGAACCAAUUUUCAGACACAGAUUAACAGUCUUGUUGCUGACACGUGGAAGCUUGAUAUUUCUGGCUUGGAGAAAGAAGUUCGAUACCAGCUGAAGGCCAUUUUCAUUCGAGAAGGAAUAGAUCCUGUAGUUCUUACAGCGGGGAAUUUCUUCACCAUAUCAAAGCACUUUUUCCUUAGUAUUUUAGGAGCUGUAUUUACUUGUGUCGUUGUGUUUGUACAAAUGGCUUCCAAUGAAUCAGAAUGCUGAAUUCCAAGCAUUAAACAUGAAAGAAGCUUACAAUAUGCUUUGCAGGAAAAGGUAAAAGGAAUUCGGACAGCUUCAAAGAAGUAUUCAGAUUACAAUUACUUCAAUCGUUUUUCAAGUACAGCAAUUCUCGAUACACCAUUGACUUUUGCACUUUAGAAAGGAAUUAUUCAUUAUGGACUA